UAUACGAAAAAGAGUAGUAAUAGGUGUUUGCUCUUGCUACCAGGCCCCCAGUGUUGUCUUGCCAUUGUGUCUGAGUGUACUGCCGUGAUACGGCAGUUGUUGCUCCUCUGUGGAGAUGUAGAGGUAAAUCCCGGCCCUGUCACCACAGAAGCUAUGAUGGCGUUGCUGACUAAACUUGACGCCGGCCAAACAACUGUAACGGUCAACGCUCUGUCUGACAGAAUGACGCGGAUAGAGCAGGAGUUUUCGCAUUUUAAUUCAAUUCGAAAUGAUCUUGACGAACUCCACGGUGUCACGGCGACCCUUACUAACAGUUUAGCGACCCUGGCUGAACGCGUAGAUGACUCGGAAAAUAGAUCGCGGCGCUCGAAUCUUCUUUUUUUUGGCCUCCCUGACUCUGAUAGGGAAACGUGGGCACAGUCGGAACAGAAAAUAAUAAACCUUUGUUCUCAACAUCUUGAUAUCAACAUCAUGCCAGACGGCAUCGAGCGUGCCCACCGACUAGGUCGAUAUCGUCCCAAUCAGAACCGCCCGAUAAUUGUAAAAUUUGCUCUUCAUAAAACCAAAGAACGAAUUUUUUCUCAGGGUAAAAAGUUCAAGGACACUAGCUUCGCUGUAAGUGAAGAUUUCUCUCCUUCGGUUCAGCUUGCUAGAAGGAAUUUGUUAACUUUCGCGCGUAACCAAGCUAUGCCCUUUUCCUUACGUUUCAAAACGCUCCUCAUUGGACAAAAACGAUACUAUUUUGAUGACGCGUCAAACACCGUAAAAGAGUGUCCUUCUUAACUAACCCGAUCUUUUCGCCGCGGUCAUGAACCCACUCCCC